UGAACCUGCCACCUUGGUGUAUCGAGUCAGUGCUCUAACCAACUGAGCCACCCAGCCAGGGCCUAAACAAUAGAGUUUAAGGUAAAAAAGAUCACUUCAGAAUGAUAAGCUGUUUAAUUUACUAGAAAGAAUAAUUGAUUCUUCCCAUAGUCAGCAGUUCAAACAGAUUAGUAAGAAUUUAGAAGCUUUGAACAUAGUUAACCAGUUUGAACUGCACCUAUACCUGCAGAAUACAGUCAUUCUCAGGACAUUUAGAGCAUUUGUGAAAAUUGGCUACUCACUGGGACCUACAGUGACUCAGCAAAUUUCAAAGACUUUGUACUAAGGCAAUGAUUCUUAAUAUUUUGCAAGUAAUAGACUCCUUUGAAAAUCCCAUGUAUCUUUUAAGUCAGGGUUUCUCAACCUCAACACUACUGACAUUUGGGAUCAGAUCAUUCUUGGCUGUGGGGACUGUUCUCUGUAUUAUAGAAUUUUAACAGCAUCCCUGGUCUCUACCCACUAGAUGCCAGUAGUAACUCCCUUUCAGUAGUGACAACCAAAAAUGUCUCCAGACAUUGUCAGAUGUCCCCUGGUAGGCAUAAUCAACCCUGGUGGAGAACCACUAUUACAGAUCUUCUCUCCAGAGAAAUACAUAAUUUUGCAUAUAGUUUCUCCCCUUUCCAGUAUCUAGAUGGUCUUGCCCUCACUGAGGACAGUUGAGUUGGGACGUUUUGUAAGAAAAAGCAGUGGGAGAGCCUGGAUGUAGGGUUUGUGCUCUUCCCACAGCUUCUCCUUGUCUAGUGUAUGGACUUGUGUAUGAGUGUGUGGAAGCUUCAUGGAGUUCCUGGUGCUGAGGGCCUAAGGACUGAGACUGCCAUUCAGUUCUAAACUUUAGGCUUCUCUUUUGUUCUAAGCCUUUUGCUAGGUGCUAAUUACAGAGAGUUCAAAUCCAAUGUGAUAUAUGUUAUCAUGAAGGAAAGAAAAAGGGACAACUUACCUCUGAGGAGCAGGCGAUUAACUAUAUGGGAUCAGAGACUUCGCAGAGGAGAGGAAAUAGACAGACGGUUGGAAAAAAAACUGAAGAUCACACAAAAGGAGAGCAGGAAAUCCAAAUCUCCUCCCAAAGUGCCCAUUGUGAUUCAGGACGAUAGCCUUCCCACCGGCCCCCCCCCACAGAUCCGCAUCCUCAAGAGGCCCACCAGCAACGGUGUGGUCAGCAGCCCCAACUCCACCAGCAGGCCAGCCCUUCCUGUCAAGUCCCUAGCACAGCGGGAGGCAGAGUACGCAGAAGCCCGGAAGCGGAUCCUGGGCAGCGCCAGCCCCGAGGAGGAACAAGAGAAACCCAUCCUCGACAGGCCAACCAGGAUCUCCCAACCUGAAGACAGCAGGCAGCCCAAUAAUGUGAUCAGACAGCCUUUAGGUCCUGAUGGGUCACAAGGCUUCAAACAGCGCAGAUAAAUGCGGGCAAGAAAGAAUGCCACCGCUGCCACCGUCACCACCUCCUGGGUCGUCCGCCACGGGUCGCACUGCCGUGGCAGACAGCUGGACUUGAGCAGAGGGAAGGACCUGAUUUACUUGCACUGUGAUCCCCUUUGCUCUGCCCACUGUGACCUUGAACCCCAUGCACUGUGACCUCCCCCUCCCCCCUUCCCACUGUGAUUGGCAUGUCUGCAAGGGCUGUCCCAAGUCAAUGGAAAGGGAAAGGGUGGGGCUUAGGGGACUUAAGAGUAGAGAGUCAGACAGUGCCACUUGGGGUAAAGCCAGUGCCAGCAAUAACAGUUUAUCAUGCUCAUUAAUUUCAAAACAAAUGAGAACUCCCAUCAACCCACCCCCAAGUGCAUGUCUUCAUCACUUAAAAGCAAGUUCCAUUUGAAAAAUAUCCUUUCUUUUUUUUUUCCUUCCUAUUUUUGUUUGUUUAUACAAAUAUCUGAUUUGCAAGAAAAAGUGCAUGGGAGGGGUUUUAGCAUUUUAAUGAAUUUUUAAUUAAGAAAGGGUAGUUUGGUAGUCUACUUAAAAAUGUUUCUGGGAAAUUCACUAGAAACAUUAACCAAUAGGUUUUUGGUGAGCUUAGCUUCUGUAUUCCUACUGCCGCCCAGAAAAGGGGCAGGGCUCUGUAGCCCCCAGGACAGAUGAGCACCCCAUGCCUAUACCUCCCUCCCCCCCCAGCUAAGUCCCAGGGCAUCAUGGCCCUACCUGGAGACUGGGCUAGUUCUAUAGGCUCAGAGAGCCUGGGGAGGGUGCCAACCCCACCUCUAGUAUUUUGGGAGAUAGGGAAAGUGAACAGACUUUCCCUUCCCAUUCCCCUCAGGGUGGUUCCCUACCAGCCAGGCUUGCUACUUCUAGAAGAGAGCAGGGAGUGAGACUGCACUCCUGAGCUUAGAAGUAAAUGAUGCGACGCUUGCUCAGUAUUUCGCUGUCAGCACAAGGAAAGCCAGGAGAGAGUCCGGCUCCAGGGCUGAGCCUCCUACCUAGUGUGGUCAGAAGGUGUCUGUGGAGUGCCAUCUCUCUUGAUGGCAUCAGCUCGGUAACUAUAGCUGGUAUGUUUCCUUUGUAAAAUCACUACAUUGGGAGCAGACCAUUCUGAAUACAUAUGGGAAAAGACAAGCUGUGCAUUGCAAAGAUUGGUGAUGACAGACUGGUUCCCCAUAGACCUAGGCUACCCUCCACCCUUUUUCCAGAGCAAGGACCUGGAAUGAAGGCAGUUUCCCCUCUGUCCCUGGAGCCUAGAGAUUUGCUUUGGCUCCUUGAGGUGGAAGAGACUAAGAGGGCAGCUGCCUACAGCAGCUCUGUGUGUGUACAGUCUGAUUCCUCUCAGGCUUUCUCUGGUCUCUUCUGUUGCACUGCGCCUUACCCCUCAACCAGCCAGCAGACAGCCUCCCCACUCAGUGGAUGAGUUUUGGAGUGGCGUGUGUGACGUUAUUGUGAUUUGGGCAGCUUGUGGUAGCCAAGGUGGCAAGCUAGGUUUUGGAGGCUCACUCCACCUUUGGUUCAGCUGGCUCUCGGCCUUGCCCUGUGGGAAUGUAGGCCAGGCUCAGCAAGCUAUGUCCCACUACAUCUUCCCCUUAGAGGGAAGGGCCAGCUGCCAGUUGAAUCAGCAACUAGUCCAUAGCACAGUCUCUGGUGACUGUGUGAAGCCAGGAAAUUGUCUAUGAGCGGAGCUGGAAUAGAGCUUCAGUCCAUAAGAACCUACAGGGUGUUGAGUUGUGCCCAUAGACUAUUCUCAUGGGGAAUUACCUCCAGGAAUGGGCAAGGGAGAAGGUUGGCUGCUGUCUUCAUAGUUCCACUGCCCUGACCAAGUUUCCUCAUUCUAAGUGUAUAGUGUCCAUCCCUCAUGUAAUAGUGGUUCCUGGCCCAAAGUAAGACUGUCCUUUCGGUUGGAGAAGGGUACAGAGGUAGGCCAGGUGGAAAGGCCAGAAGUGCUGAUUGCCCAGCCACUGGGAUAACCAGUUCUUGCCCCCCUCCCCUAAUGGAGCCAGAGGGAAGACUGGCUGAUGGGUGUCUAUGGAUUGAGGAUAUAGUAGGGACUGGUGCUCCCACCUCCCUCUGGCCAAAGAUGGGGCUUUGCCCGCUGUGUGCCUGUCACCACCCACUAGCAGUCAUAUCCUUGGCUUCCCAGAUGGAGAGGUAGCAAAUUUUUAAAAAAAGAAAGGAAAACAGGAAACUAUUGUGUUGGGGGAGGUGGGAGGGGAGAGAUGGGAGAACGGUUUGGAUUUUGUGUGUGUGUGUUUGGUUUUUGUUUUUGUUUUUGUAGUUGUCUGUAACUUUCCUUAAGUGCUUUUUUUUUUUUAACUUUUUUAAGUAAGCUGCAGGCUUUGGCUUAGAAAACCCCAGGGGGUAGGGGGCAGAAACCUGAGGCUGCUGCCCUUUUAUCUGCCUUCAUGGUACUGUCCUCUUCCCCCAGCUCCUCCUUGACCCCAUGAGCCAGGCCUCAGACCUUCCAGCUAACUGCUUCCCAUGAGCCACUACUCUGUUGUCAGCCUAUAACCAAAGGAGCUGGGGGUCUGGGCCUGGUGACCAACCCUUCUCAGCCCACUCAAUCAGGGUGCUCCCCACCUGCAGGCAGGAGGCAACACCCUAUCUGCUACCAUCAGCCCCUUCUAGAGCCCACUGCCCCGCCCUGCCCUGUCCAGCCCAGCCAUACCCUGCUCUGCCCCAUCUGGGGAUGCUCUGCUCAGGGAUGGGCCGGUAGGGCUUCCCCAGCCUCCCUGCUAAGCAGAGACUCUGGAAACCUCUGGGGUCCUAUUUUCUAGCCAUGUAAUUCCAAGGGUGCACAUGGGCCCCUUGGGUGUCUGAACAGAAGGGCAUGGGAGGGAGGGCUGCACCCCUGCAGUCCUGCUCUGCUGGUCUAGUGGGCAGCUGCCCACCCCACCCCGCACUGCGGGCCCCUGAGUCGGCAGACUAAGCAUUUUAUAAAUUGUAUUUUAAAUACAUGUUUUAAACUUGUCA